GCUAGCGGCGAGGCGCACGCCGCCGCUGCCGCCGGAGGCGACGACGACGCUUUUUGAGCGAGAGAACCCGAGGCCCGAGGCCACAGCGCGCGCAGACUCCGCGCCCGCCUCCGGACCGGGAGCGCCAGAGGAACCCCCGGACGUGAAGCAGCAGCGAACCCGCGACAUGCGCCGGAGUGCGCCGCCGGUGGCCCGAGCCGAACCCGGCUGAGCCGGGCACGAAACGCAACAGGCGGUCAGCACGUUACCACCCUUCCUCAUUCCUACCAACACUUGGGCUGUGCUUUGUGACUUUUGCGUUCGCCUUACUCUUUCCACUCCUCCGAAACACCCCGCCGGCGGUACUUCUGUGAGCUUUCUCUUCGUGGAACUGUGGUGGCGGCAACGAGUGAUUGAGGAGCGUAAGCUGGUGGCGGGUUGGCAAGUCGACGCGGGUUUGGGACCCUCGCGUCGAAAGAACCACUGAACUCUGCUGGGUUAGUGGACUUGGACUGAACUGUGGGGUGGAGUGUGCUGGGAAACGGACCGGACGGUGGCGUGAUGACCACGACAACGAUGACGACGACACGUCGGUGUCCGAAGAAGAGGCGACCGGUUGCCCUGGUGGGAUUCGCCGUGAUCAUGUGCGCCUGUCGUUGUUGCUGCUUAGAUGAAGCGGCCGACGCCGGACCCGAAGAUAUGGAGGCCGGAUCGAGCUGUCCGCCAGGUCAGGUGCCGUGCGGCAAUAGCUCCUCCGCCUGCCUUCCGAGGCGGCUUCACUGUGAUGGUUUUCCGGACUGCAGAGAAGGCGAGGACGAAAAAGACUGCACUGACCUACACGGAGGACUCUCAGCGGUGCUAGGUGUCUUGUUCAACUGGAGCGCGCAUAAUAUCAGCAGAACACAAGACUCGUCGCCUCGGUUCUCCUGUAAUCGCACAGAUGUCCCAAAGGCUUGUUACUGUGAUCUCCACUCAAAGAGCAGAGUGUUCUGCCUAAAUUCGAACCUCACCCAAGUCCCAAGUGCGAUUCCAGAUGUGACCCGUCUUACGUUUACAAACAACAGCAUGGGAAUUCUGCCUCCAGGCGCAUUCUACGGCUACACGAACUUAACGAGCCUGAUGAUUGUAAACUCCAUAACCGGCAUACAACCAGGAGCUUUUCGUGGGCUGGACAUGCUACGAAUCAUGACGAUUGAAAACAAUAACAUUUCUCGGAUAGAAGCAAAUUCGUUUAGCGGCCUCUACAACCUAGUUUGGCUGACGCUAAAGUACAACCGUUUAGAAGUGCUUGACAUUGACGUCUUUGAAGACCUACGUCUGCUUGAGAUUCUUAACAUGGAAGGAAAUGGGCUGAAGAGGAUAGCUAAACCUUUCCCGGAGCUUGCAUACCUCACGUGGCUGGAUCUCAAGAGAAACCAGAUUGAGGUGAUACACGCCGACACAUUUGAGAAUCUCCUCAACCUAGAAGCUCUAAUAUUGCGGGAAAACCAUUUGAUGGAUGUUCAUGAAGAAGCGUUUAGGUAUAACACGAAGAUGCUGGAAAUAGACCUGGCUGUCAAUUUCUUAACGUUCGUUCGUCCUGGUUUGUUCCAUGGCCUCCGAAACCUUAAGAAGAUUGACCUGUCGGCCAACGCAAUCAAGACUCUGCCAGUCACACUAUUCCACAAUCUUCGAAGCCUCAACUCACUGAAUCUAUCCGGCGUAGAAAUUAAUAACAUCGAGAUCCGACAUUUCCGUCACUUGCCAAAACUGGAGUUCAUUUACUUCAAGAAGUUCCAGUACUGCAGUUACGCGCCGUACGUGCGCAUCUGCGCGCCCAAGACGGACGGUCUCUCGUCCACGGAGCACCUGCUGGUGUGGCCCGUGCUGCGGCUGUCCGUCUGGGUGGUCGCCCUGACCACGUGCGCCGGCAACAGCGUCGUGCUCGCCUGGCGCCUGCUCUCCAAGAAGGAGGACCGCGUACUCUCGCUCUUCAUCCGGAACCUGUCCGUGGCCGACUUCCUCAUGGGCGUCUACCUCGUCACCGUGGGCUCCCUCGACGUAGCGUUCCGCGACGAGUACAACAAGCACGCCCACCAGUGGAUGUCCUCCUGGCACUGCACCCUGUGUGGCCUGCUCGCCAUGGUCUCCUGUGAGGUGUCCGUCCUCAUCCUCUCCCUCAUCACGGUCGAGCGUUACCGCUGCAUCAAGACGAACGUGCGCGCCGUGACGGUGACGGCGGCGCGCUACUGCUUGGCGAUCGUCUGGCUGCUGGGUUUAGGGUUGGCCGUGUUCCCCGUGGUCAAGUGGCCGCAGCAGCGCGCCUUCUACUCCAGCAACGGCCUCUGUUUCCCCCUCCACAUAGACGACCCUUUCAUGCUCGGAUGGGAGUACUCGGCCUUCGUCUUCCUAGGUGUCAACUUCUUCGCCAUGGUGCUUAUCAUGGGCCUAUACCUGUCAAUGUUCACGAUCAUCAGAGAAGACAGGCAGCGCGCGCGUCCGGUCACCAUGAAAAAGCAAGAGGACGUGGUGCUCGCGCUGCGAUUCUUCUUCAUUGUGCUCACAGACUGCCUCUGCUGGAUUCCCAUCGUGAUCAUAAAGAUUCUGGCCCUCUGCGAAGUGCGUAUCUCAGAGAACGUGUACGCAUGGGUCGUGGUGUUCAUCCUACCAAUCAACAGCGCUCUGAACCCGGUCAUCUACACGCUUGCAGCACCGACGGAACUGAGACGUCGCAUCGAGAGGUUCUCACAGCGCAUACUCAAAUGCCACAAGCAAAUCGAGUGCAUGUUGACCAGUAACAGGACUCCGCGGUCGUCAGUAGCCACUCAGAGCUUGACCGGCACAGACAUUGCCUCCGCAUCAACGGACUGCACAUCGGCUGGCGGCUCGUACCAUCCCAUGGCUCGCCAGUCGAUCGCCGCCAUCCACGAGCUUUCCGAGUCUUCCGAAGCCGACGACACAGUUCUCUGAGGAGUUUCAACUGCGCCAGCGUAACAGCGCGGUUAUCAACCGAUGUCAUGACACACGUGUUUCCCCCUUCCUCUCCCCGCAUCUACACGACCCGCGACACGACCGUAAAUGAUGUACUACGCUGUGCUAGUGGCGACAGGUACACGGGCGUAUACACAAAGGCUCAGGACUCUCUCACGUCCACUGUGGUCGCAGCUUUGCUGAGAAAGAGCGCGUUGUGGCCAUUUGCAUAGUCUUCGAGGAAGUGUAUUUGCAAAAGAGGUCGUUCAGCGCUUAGAUCGAGGCGAUGCCUCACUGGCUUUCGCUAGUACAUAUUAAGAUGCUCGCGCUCUCGAGGCACAUUCAGCGCCCGUGAGUUUGAAUGGUCGUGAAGAGUGUUCGCAAGGAAAUGGUGGACUUCACGGCGCCAGUGGUUGUAGAUAAGCUCAGUUCGUCAGUGACCAAUUCAUUGACGAAACAUUUCAUUGAUCAUGCCCUUAAGGUGGGCUCUGUGACAAGGAUGAUCUGUGCCGGGCUUCGUGCAAGCUGUUUCUUUGUCUGGAGAGCGUAUCGUUGCAUCACUGUGGUUUGUGCCCAAUGUUUUGCGUCGUCUGUGCUCCUUACAUCAUGUGAAAUCGUUGAUGACGAUGCGCCAAGUUUUUAUGAAAUGUAUCGCAAAAUGUACCGCAAGCGCUACACGUCUUAAGUUUGAAUACCGGCGCUCGUUUAUUGCUCAUUGCCAAAUCUCCUUGCAUCGAUUAAGCUCAUUUCGUCACAGAAAUUAUGAAGAAACAUCUGAGCCAUCAAAUGGUCGAACUUAGGGAAGAUUUAUACAUACGACGGGCGAGGUCGCAUUACCUAAUCUGCCGUGACUUUGUACAUAACAGAGGCAUGUCUAUUCGUAUAUUCGCCAUUCGCGAAAUCAAUCCCAUUAGGAGUGCGUGCAGCUUUAAAAAUUCUGCGUACGCAAAACAGUUUUAUCGAAGCGAAAGUUCUAGCGUCUAUUUCGCUUCGUUCAAGAUGCUAUAACGUCAACGCAGUCUUAAAGGGGUCAUAAGCACCCCUUGGGCUUGUUGAAAAAACACAACCUGCGGAAA